AUCAAGGGUGGGGUAAUGUUGUAAUUUUUUCUCAAAUAAUUCAAACAAACAUAAUUUUGAGAUGGGAUUCGAUGAGGGACAGAUAAUUUUAGACAGUGAAAAUGGUGCAUAUUAUGCUGGCCAAACUGUUUAUGGACGAAUGAUCUUCUCCCAGGAUAAAGUUAAAACUAUUCAUGGGAUCUAUGUGGAUAUGAAAGGUUUCUGCAAAGUACACUGGUCUACUUCACACACACGCAGAGUGAAUGAUCGCACUGAACACUACACUGUGAACCACGACUCACAUGAAGAAUACUUCAGAAGUAAACGAUACUUGAUUGGCAGUGAAGAUGGUGAACACCACCUUCAGCCAGGUAGCCAUGAGUUCAGGUUCGACUGUCCCAUCCCGAUCAACUGCCCCUCAUCAUUCGAAGGUUCCUAUGGACACAUUCGAUACAGACUCAAGGUGGUCAUGGUCACCAAAGGGAUGUUCUCCUUCAACAAAGACAAAAUGGUGCCCAUCAAAAUCCACGCCCCGUUGGACUUGAACCAGAAUCCUUAUUGUAGGGAACCGAUGGAGUUUGACCUGUCGAGCUCGUACUGUUGUUGGUGUGUGAGUGCUGGUCACUCGGAGGUGAUGGUGAGGAUGCCGGUCAGUGGGUACUGUCCCGGGCAGAUCAUACCCAUGGAAGUAUCCUGCAAGAACGAGAGCAGCGUCGAAAUUGAUGAGAUUAAGUUCGCUAUUAAAAAGGAUGUGCAAUACAUCGCAUCAUACGAACCGGGGACUCGCAACGACCACGACACGGUGGCAGAAAUAAAGAAAGGACCCAUACCCGGCCGCACCACGCGUAACUGGACCAUAGAGAUGGAAGUACCUUCUAUGGACAUAUACAAUGUCAACGCCUGCCGGUAUAUUGAUAUUAAUUAUCAUUUCAAGGUGUCGACUGAAGUGGGCGGAUGUCACGAUGAUUCCGAAGAGGUCCGUCCAAUAAUAUUCGGUACUAUUCCCUUACAAGGUUUUCAAGAUAACGUGCAAAACCCACUUCAAGAUCAAUUGCCUCAAGUCAAUAUCCAAAACGUUCAAAAUACUUACCCUCCACCACCCGUCAUGAAUCAGCCACAGCCUAACCCGCCUUACACUAAUGGAUAUCCCAACCCUUACCCUAAUAACUCGCCUUACCCUGGUGCUCCUGGUUAUCCAACUACUCCUAUUAUGGGCGGUAGAACCUCUCCGUAUCCUGGAAAUCAACCUAUUGUUUCCCCGUACCCACCGAAUCAACCUUAUCCUGGCGCUUCGCCUUACCCUGGAGGACCAUCGCCUUACCCUAGUAAUACUCCUUACUCAACGGACAAUGGUCCAAACCAAGCGCCGCCGUAUCCGGACGCUGCACCCCCUUACCCUGGCGUACCCGGCGCCUCGCCUCCCUAUACUGGCGUACCCAGCGCUGCGCCCCCUUACCCUGGCGUAACUACAACGACGUUGGUGAAAACUGGCAACAUGGGAUUCUCGGCAGUACAUGGUGGAGACCCUGCCGCCAUGCCAUUGUUACCCCAAGGAACCAACGUGCCUUAUCCUACUAGCCCCCCGUCGAAUCCGUAUGCGACUGCGUCGGCGCCUGUCCCAUCCACACCCGGUACAGAUGAAAAAAAACCACCAUUGGCUGUACCAGAAGAAACUUCAGCCGCUCCGCCGUACAACCCAGAAUUCAUGAAGGAAAAUGAGAAAAAAGAUCAGAAACUUGACAAAUCAAACUAAAUGACACCUAAUCUACCUCAAAAUUCUAAUAGACCGGACAUAAUGUUGGUGCCUUGAUGUCGGUGCCUUCAUUUGAACUUAAAUCUUAUGAAGUUAGAAAUAAAGUUCAAAUUAAUAAACUGGCAUCUAACAAGCUGCCGUAAACAAUAAGAUAUAGACAUGUUCAAAACUGUUUAUAAAAUAUACUAAGGUAUAAUUAUUACAAAAUAAGUCAUCACACACAAUGACACUUAAUUUUAAUAAUAAAUAUUUUUUGAAAUGUACACCAUAUAAUGUCUUUAAACGAAUGUGGAGCCCUCUAGUGGAUAUAUAAGAUAGAAUGUUUAUGAUCUCGUUUGGUUUAAAACCUAGAGGUAAGAUGGCAUUAAAAAUGCUAAAUAUUGAAAUUAACGUUGGUUACCAAGGCCUGUAUGGAUUUAAUAUUAAGAAUAUAAACGUAACAAAUAUAAUUUACGUUUAAAUAAUAAAUAAAAGUUUUACUUGUGCUGUGCACCACUCUUUUUGGGGGUUGGGAGUGUCAAAAUAAAUUGCGAUAAACAGAUAUAGGUAUAUAUAUAUGUGCCAUAUUAAAUGGUGCUGUAUAAAAACUUUGAAGGCAAAAUGCUUUCUCUCUAAUCUGACUUGUACUUGAAAAUGUAUACUUUUGUUAAUACUUAACUCUUUGAAAGAAUUACUAUAAAUAUAAUGUUUGCAAAAGUACAGCUCCAAAAAUAUUUUUGAUGAACACAUUUUUUGUAUAAGACGAAAGUAAAUUCUUUAUCCCUUAUGCCUUGUUCGCACUAUGCUAGUAAUUUGGUCGAGUAGCGAGUAUUUAGUAAUUCUCUCUCGCUUUGAUUUUAAGAAAGAAACGAUGAGAUAACUACUGAACACUCGCUACUCGUCAAAUUACUAGCGUAGUGCAAACAAGGCAUUACGGCUUUUGAUAAAUUCAUAUAUUUACUUUUAAUGUUUAUUAUAUUGUUGUAAUGUUACAAAUUAUUAUUAUAAUAAGAGCUUUUUUACA